AUGGGGCAGUCACUUUGCAGUGGAACGAAGCUUCGCGCCAAGCUCUCAAGCCAAAAAUGGUCGUCUUCCAGGUUCUAUCUAUCGGCAGAGUUGAAUGGGCUGCGGCACUAUUUCGAACCAGCAGCUUACACACAGCUGUUCCAGUCAACAGCAACAUCGACUCCUACUAAAUCAUCAGCUUGUUACGCGUUUGCCAAUGGCAGCUUUGGGUUCCCAGAUAAGAUCUUCUCACUACCGUCAGCAAGUUCUUUGCAAUUCAUGAGGUUAGAGUCUGACGGGCACUUGAGGCUUUAUGAGAUGCAGGAACAAAACUCACCGCGGAUGUUGUUAGAUGUAUUAAGCACAGUGGUUGCCUUCUGUGAUUACCCGCUGGCCUGCGGUGAUUAUGGCGUUUGCAACAGUGGGCAAUGUUCGUGUCCUAGUUUCAGCACACUUUCAGGUUCCAAAAUGAACGGCUUCCAGGUUCUGGAUGCAUACCCUUAUCAGGCAUCUCCUGCGAACACGCUCAUGACCACAAGCUCAUACCACUGA